GCUCUCGCUAUUCCGCCCUCAAAUGGUCCCUACGCGCACGACCGCUGCAAAAUGUACUCGACGGAUUUCAAGCAGGCUCUAGCUGAUGGCAGAACCACACCUGAUGAUGAAUGGGCUAUAGUUCCUUGUCAAUACGGAUGGGAAUACAACAAGAGUGAUGUGCCAUAUGAUACUAUAGCUUCCGAGUUGGACUGGGUCUGUGAGAAGGAUAACUUGGCGGCGACAGCUCAAGCUAUAUUCUUCUGUGGAGCAAUCGUCGGAGGUUUGGUGUUCGGGUGGAUAGCAGACAAGUAUGGACGGAUACCGGCUUUAGUUGGUACAAAUCUCCUGGGUUUCACAGCUGGUGUGGGCACGGCGUUUUGUGACAGUUUUCUCACAUUUGCCUUAUGUCGAUUCCUGGUUGGACUGGCUUUUGAUAACUGUUUUACAAUGAUGUAUAUCUUGGUGUUGGAGUAUGUUGGACCUAAAUGGCGAACAUUUGUCGCCAACAUGUCUAUCGCUCUCUUUUUCACACUGGCGGCUUCUUUACUCCCUUGGAUCGCACUUUGGGCUGAUGAUUGGCGGAUGUUUGCAAUGGGGACCAGUUUGCCAUUCGCUUUGGCUAUUGCUACCCCUUGGUUGGUGCCAGAAAGUGCCAGGUGGUUAGUAUCUCAAGGAAAGAUUGACAAAGCUUUAACAAUUAUGAAGAAAUUCGAGAGGAUUAAUAAAACCAAGAUACCUGAAAAAGUACUCAGUGACUUUACUGAAUCAUCCCUGAAAACGAUAAAAGAAUCCGAAGCGGAAUGCAGGACGUACUCGGUUUUGGACCUGUUCAAGACACCUCGUUUGAGGAGGAACGCCAUCUUGUUAAUUGUGAUUUGGAUGGCCAUAUCUCUGGUCUUUGACGGGCAUGUCAGGAACGUUGGGUCCUUGGGGCUGGACAUCUUCCUGACGUUCACUAUCGCCUCAGCUACUGAAUUGCCAGCUGACACUUUCUUGACAGCUGUUUUGGAUCGUUGGGGACGAAGAUGGCUAGCCUGUGGCUCCAUGGUCAUCAGUGGUAUCUUCAGUUUGCUGGCCACAGCCGUUCCUGUUGGUGGACCAUCAGCCUCCUUAGCCAUCCUCGGUCGUUUUGCCGUCAACAUCUCCUAUAAUAUCGGUCUGCAGUACGCAGCUGAGCUCCUACCGACAGUGGUGCGAGCGCAAGGCGUUGCCCUCAUCCACAUUAUGGGCUAUGUCGCCUCUAUCGUUGCACCGUUUGUUGUUUAUCUGGCCAACAUCUCCCCUGACCUUCCUCUAUUGAUCCUGGGCGUGCUGGGCAUCGUGGGUGGUAUGCUGUGCCUCUUCCUGCCGGAGACCAUGGAUACGGAGAUGCCGCAGACCUUGCAGGAUGGAGAGAACUUCGGCCUGGACCAGCGGUUCUGGGAUAACCCGUGUUUCCCCAGGAAAAAGCAAGAAGCUCUAGAAGAAAGUCCAGAAAAGUACACCAAGAGGCCUUCGGUGUCUACCACUGAACCCCAAGCCUUCGUCAGGGCAGUUCCUAGCGCGAUAGGAUCCAGAGCUUCGAUCAGGGCCUCCAUCAGAGCUUCUACCAGGGCUUCAGCAAGACGAAGAGAUGUAAACACAGGCAGAAACGUGGUUUAAAGAAAU